AUGAAAAAUCUGUUGAACGUCAGGUCUCCUUCUUUCGUCCCAAGUGAUUUCGUCUUUGGAGUCGAUGAGGGAGGAAACGAACACAUCGCGAUAAAAAGAUCUGGUAGUGCUUCCUGCGGAAGCUUUUUUCUGAAACCGGAGACGCAUUUAUCAGUGGUGGUGGUGGUGGUGGUGGUGUUCCAGAAUGAAACCGAGGGGAUGCGAAAACAACUGCGGCAGAUGUGAACUCUUGGCACGCGCCCUUCUGUUUAACAGUGGUGCUCGAUCGAAACGAGGAAAUUCGAUGGAUUUCGAAGCCAAAGUCUCAACAGUUUGGUUUCGAAAUCGGAAAAUUCAGGUUGGAAUUUCGAGUACUCUUUUGCUCUGAUAGUUCUUAUAUCUUAAAUUCUUCAGAAUCUAAUUUAUUUUUAUACCUAUUAACUAGGGAAAAUGAGCUCACUUGUUAGUAGUUCAAUCAAUUAUUAUAAUACCAUGUUUAUGUUUGAUGAUCACGUGUGGAAAGUAUUGCAAGUCCAUUUUUGUCAAUUUCCUGACUUGAUAUUUUUGAUUCAAUUAACAACUUUAAUUUUCAUUAACGGGGAAGAAUGUUGUCUUCAGUAGGUUUCUUUGUUUCAGAUUGAUUGGAGAUAACUAG